GGAGGAGGAGAGGUCCUCACAGCGAGAGGCUACAGGGGAGGGGGAGGUGUGUCGAGAAGGGAGCUGGAAGCGAGUUGCACAAGGUGGUUUUGAACUAGAGUGAAUGAGAGGAAGGAGAAGAGGAGAAAAGGAAGUGCAGAGGGGACGAAUACAAAAGGAGCAGAUCAAACGGCAGGCUGGAAAGUAAACACAGUAUGUUUAGGGAGGAGAGAAUCGAGGGGAGCAGCCAGGCUGAACACAGGCAACAAUAAUAGAGACUGACCAAGUUACAUUUGUUCAACAACUCUAGGGAGAAACGGGAAAGGAUAUGUUGCUUGCUGAUGCUAUGGAUCUGACAGAAUAAUAGAGCGUUUCUCCGGGACCCCUGCGUAUCCCCUAAGUCUGGAUAAAUUUGUAAGACGCAGGUGAAAACAUGUGCAAGCUGUGAUACAUAUAGCUUUCAAAGGUAUUUGGAGGAGCCUUAGACCCAGCAGCUAAAGCCACUACCUAAACUAAAGCCUUUCAACCAUGACUGAGGAGAUAGAACGACCAAGGAGUGGGCUCAGUAUGGCUAGUAGCGUAGUCACAACAGCCUCCAUGAGCACAGGCUCAAGGCCGCCAACCAGGGCAGUGAAGAGAGUGCACACAUUUGGAAAAAGGGAAUAUUCAAUCAAGAGGGACCCUAACUCACCUGUGGUGAUCCGCGGCUGGCUUUACAAACAGGACAGCUCAGGCUUACGACUUUGGAAGAGAAGAUGGUUUGUGCUCUCGGAUUUCUGCUUAUUUUAUUAUCGAGACAGCAGAGAGGAGACUGUGCUGGGCAGUAUCCUUUUACCAAGUUAUGAAAUCCUACCUGCCAGUCCUAGAGAGGUGAAAAAUCGGAGGUUCAGCUUUAAGGCAGAGCAUCCUGGCAUGCGGACCUAUUACUUUGGAGCAGACACACAUGAGGAUAUGAAUGCCUGGAUACGAGCCAUGAACCAAUCUGCUCUUGUGGUUGCUGAAGACAAAAACAAGAGUAGCCGUGGGCACCAUCUGGCUGAUUCUCCACAUGAUGACUUGUAUGCCAGCUAUGAGGAUUUUUCUCACACUACGAUUGGUCCUGGGGGUGAACAUGCCAAGAGUGCCGAAUCCCUUGAGAUUGCACAGCUAUCCGAGACAAGAUCGCAAGAUGAGAGUUCCAGGGAGAGUCUCCCAGAACAGGACAGGAGUGAAGACCUGGAGAAAGAUAGCUUAUUUAGUGGGCUCAGAGAGUCUUUGUCUGAUGCCAUGCAACAUUUCACUUUCACAUCCCAAAGUGGGUCAGUCCCUCCUCCCACUCCUGAAAAUGGACUGAAGAACAUGGAAUUUGCUUGCAACAAACAAGAUGCAGAAAGCAAAAAAUCCAUUGAAAGAAAUGACUCAAUUCCUGAAGAUGAAGAGUGGGCACCUGUACAUAAAGAUCAAACUUCUUUUAAGGAAUCAGAAUCUUACUGCACUAGGAGCCCUUCAAGACUUUCUCAGAAGGGAUUUGAAUGCCCACAUGAUGUUUAUGCCUCGCCUCACUCCCGCUCUGCUCCUUCAUCUCCUGCAAUUGCUCCUGCACACAUGUACAGUUCAGAAAUUAUGGAAAGGGUUUGGGGCUCAAGAGAUAAGAAAUUAGUUUCACAAUCUGAGUUAUCAGACUCUUUGGAUAGCAGAAAUCUAACACCUAGUUCAACUGAAAGACCAGAGUAUGUAGUUCAAAGAAUAGUCAAGGCUUCAAGAUCUUACUCUCUUCCACCAACACCUUCUGAUCUUUCUAGGCCAAGAAUAUCAAAGAGGGGCUCUCCUCCAAAUGCUAAGUAUGGAAGCCCUUUGAAUCGAGAGAAAGCUACAGACUAUUCAGACACUUCCCAUGCAAAAAAUAUGCCAAAUGUUGGGAGUCCGACAAGAAGAGCUGUUCCUAAUAGUCCUAAUUUUAGUCCAAAGGUUCAAGCCAAUCAGUCUCAAGUAGCUUCCAAUGAGGAUCUGGCGGUACCUGGAUCUCCUUCGCAAAUCAGAUUACCUAUUCGAUCCAAUGCGCCCAUUGGCCGUGUGGACAUUGUUCCUUCAGAAGACAGGUCUGGCACUUCUGCACCUAUAUCAAGGCACAAUGAAGAAAGAACAGGGGAGUAUUUUGUUACAAGUUCCAGAACCAGAAGCCAUAUUGUAAAAUCAUCAAGACCACAAACACCAUCUGAUAGGUAUGAUGUCUUGCCUCAUGAUGACACUUAUUCUUCUUCAACAAUGGUGAAGGGGCCAAGCAGAUACAGCAGAAGAUCUCAGCCUUUGGGUGCAGAAGAUGACAGAAUGGUAGAUGGAUGUGGUAUACCUUUGCCAUCCAGAACCCAUCCAAGCAAUAGGUUACAAAUGAGACCAAAUGCUUCAGCUGAACGAGUUAUAGUUGAAGAGUACCCAGUGGAGAUGUCAUUAACACCGUCACUCAGAAGGCACAGAAACCAAGCGCCAAGGUACUCUGAGAGGACAUUACUUCCUCCAACUUCUGGCCGAGCUAUUGGUUGCCCACCACGGCACUUGACAAAGAUGGGAUCAGUCAGUUACUCCCAAUUACCCCCACUGCCUCCAGUCUCAAAUCGGGGCGGCGCUCACGUACCUGCUGGAAAAAGGAUGUCUCUAAGUGCUGUGCCAACUGGACCAGCACAGUAUCGGGAACGAGUAUUUCACCCAGUGCGCCUCACAGAGAACAGCAUUGAUGUUCUUCUGACAAAGAUGUGUGGUCAGGAUAGGCUCCUUGUAAGUCUUGAAGAUGAAUCGGAUCACCUUAGGGCAGAGAAGGAGAAGUUGGAGGAUGCCUUACAGCUAACCCAUCAUCACCUUGACGAGUUCCAAGGUCAAGAGCAUGUGAUUGAGAACAUCUGGUACCAGCAAAGACUACUGCAGGAUGACCUUGUGUAUAUCCGUGCAAGACUGUGUGAUCUUUCCCUGGAAAGAGAGAGAGCAUGGGAGGAGUAUAGAGCUCUUGAGAACGAUCUUCACGCAUUAAGAGAGACGUUGGAACGUGUAAGCCAAAUUGGUCAUCCUCAGGACCAGGCAGCAGCUCAGCGGGAUCUCUGGAUGAUUAAUGAUAUCAUCUCUGGACUUCGUUUUAAUAAAAGCAACUUUCAUGUAAUCCCAGAGACCACAAGGCACCCUGCAAUAAUGUCAGCAUCACCUGUAAGUGAACAACCAACUUUUCCAAGGAGUUUUCUACAUCAUUCUGGUCUAAAUUCUGUGACAUCAAGGGAAACUGAUAAGUCCAUAAAGGACCCCGAGAGUGUUCCGCCUAGGCCACCUCUCCCGAAGGAUCAUCAAACCACUCCCAGCAAUAGGGCAGACAAGCAGAUCCAAGGUCACUCCAGUGAUCAGAAUGAAAAGGACCAGUUUAUAGAACAGCACAUUGAUGCUGGGCCAAUAAAGAAUGCAAGUUCCUGCGGAGAUAAUGCACCACCCAGUAAGGAUUUAAUAGAUAUUCGUUUGGCUCAGUCAUCUUGCCCGGUCUUCAUCCCUACAAGUCAUAAGUUGACUACAGAUGUGAAGGCUUCACCCCCCAACAUGCCAGAGGUGAGCACUGUUCGUAAGCAGCGCAUGAGUGCGGAGGAGCAGAUGGAACGCAUGAGACGGCACCAAGAGGCUCAGAUCCAUGAAAAACCCAAGCCUGGUGUUACUACUCAGCGACAGAAUUCCCAGAGAGGCAACACACCCACUUUUGGUGGAAGGAUAAGGUCAACCUCUUCAGAUUCCCUCCCAGCUGGACCAAAUGCUAAACAGAUGGACAAAUCUUUGUCAGAGGAGAGGAAACCAGCAUUAGUAAGGGUUACGGCCUCCUUUUACCCAACUACAUCUACCCCACAGCCUGGAAAAUAUGGAACCAUUGACCCAAAGCCAAUGACUCCUAACAUGGUGAAGGAGAACAAAGCUUCAAGUCAGAGUAAUGAGGAAGAGCCAACAUAUAGUUUUGUAUUCGAGCCACAGACAGAGAGUGUGACAUCAACCAGAUCACAUGAUAUUUCUUCAGUGGCAAAGCUCACUCCUCCGGUGAGGACAAGUAGUAAAAUUGUUACUGCAGCAUGUAUGCAGAUCAGGAAGGAUAAUCAAGAAUUCAGCGAGGACAAAAAUGAGUACCCUUCAGUUUUUUCCAAUGAGACAACAAAUACCAGUCAUCAACCUGAGCAACUGGAAGUAAAAAGAAAGACUGUGGAAAGAACGAAGACUAAAGCCAGCCCUGGAACAUCUCCUGGGGGUCACAGCAGUCACUCAGAUGAGGGUUACACCGGCGCAAUGGAGGGGCAGCGGGAACGGAUUAUCAGCUUAUCCUAUACAUUGGCAACAGAGGCCUCGCAACGCAGUAAAUUUAUGACAUCCAAAUCAUAUGCUGACAACUGUGAUGCAACAAGCGACGGCUCAUCCUCAGAGGAAACCUAUCCCUGGGACUUUAUACUGCAGGAUUCCUAUUCCAACAGACGGGGAUCAGAUGAUCAGUGCCAGUUUAAAGCCACAUCUAGCAGUCUGCAGAAGGAAAAUAACGCAGACAACCAGACUAAAAACUCAGAAGUUUUAAUCAUCUCAAAACAGGGCUCUCUUGAAGGAACCAGCGGCUGCUCUUUACAGCACACUGAAGCUGCAAGUUCCAGAGGGUCAGAUAAUGUGCAUUAUGAGAACUGGUCAUCACAGAGAGAGCAAGGGCAUCCUGAACGAUGCAUGAAACCAGAGUCCACAACCCCAUCUGUGAAGUGCAAUGGACAAGUAACAAACUACAACUUCCUUAUAGAAGAUUUGCAUUACCACCCUUUUAAUAUUAGCAAAGUUGCAGAUUUCUGUAAGGAAGAGAGGGAGCCUAUCCGGAUUACGCUUCUUCAGUCCAGUUUUUAGCUUGAAGGCAUGAGAACGUAUGACCCUGGAGAUUACAGUGGUCCUAACGCUAUUUCAUCUGAUGUAAACUCUAAAACCCUUUAGUUGGACAUUGGCAGUUGAAAAAGGUUACAAUAAGACUGACAGAAUUUUAAGGAUGUACUAAGUGAAAUAAUAGUAUGUUGUAAAGAGUGUCUAAGAAUGUAAAUAUAAUGUACAUAGUAGGACCAUCUUGGUAAGUUCUGAGGUGGACUAAAAAAGCACUGAAGAGAAGAAAGAUUAAAAUAAUGUUGAUAAAGUUAAAUUGUAGAGAAGGAUGUACAUUAGUGCUAUCAGGGUGGAUAAUGAGUGGUUUACUGAAGACAAUGAAGCGCUUGCAAUAUGUUAGAAUAAUUUAUACUGCUCCUAAGAGAUACCCAACCACAGAUAUUUGGCAUGAGUGAGGGUUGAACUGAGGAACUGGAUCUUUGUUCACCUUAUGGACAGUUGCACUAUUUGUAAAAAAAAAAAAAUUUUAAACAAAGAUCAUGCAAGUUUAGAAAGUGAUGUUACAAAGUAAGUGUUGACAGGAAUAUAUGAAGGUUUUUUUACAGUAAGUCUUUGAAAGUAUAAGAGACUAUUUUAUGAUGGUAAAAGUUUUAAAUAACUGGAAGUAAUGGUUGUACCAAAAACAUUAAACUCUGUUGUAUAGAGUAGAAAAAGACCACUCAUUUCCAGUUUCUCAUUCAUUGCUAUUAUAUAAAGUGAGCAUGACUCAGUGUUAAAUAAUGUACCAAAAUAUUUGCUAUGCGAAAUAUUAACCACAUAUUGGAAAAGGUAAAUAAUGCAUACGUUUCCAGAAAAAGAUAUGCUUUGUGUUUUAAACCAACAAUCUCAGUUAAGUUAGAAUUCGUAAUGCGGUAUACUUCGCUACCAUGGCGUUAACAAUUUUUAGCUUUACAAUUUUUUUAUGUUUGUUUUAAAAAAUUACUUUUUUACCUUUUUAUUUUAUUGCAGUGCCUUGACCAGUAAUCUAGUGGUUUGUUAUUCUGCUCUUUUGUAAAGGGCCUGUAUAGUUUUUAAUUUGAAAAUAUAGAAUCCUAAAAGUGUGCCUUACAGAUCGCCUCUUACUAUACAGCUAACUUGUAUACUAUCUUUUUAAAGGGACGGUAAACAUUUAAUAAAACUCAGCACUAAUGCAAACUUCAGGGUGAAUAACUUGUAAUAAGUGUAUAGAAACUUGUAAAAUUUGCAUUUGUGUUGUUAAAAUUAACUUUGAAAUAGGUCUUUAGCUGGUGCUCUUGGCCGCCUCCCUUGGUGCUGAUUUUUUCUUAUUUAAAUCAGCAGUGAGUUGUACAUUUACUCAACUUUCCAUCUCUGUUAGGGCAGUUGAAAAAAGAUGGGCAGCAAGGGGUUGUCUUCUUUUAGACAAAACCACUUACUGCUAAUUUAAAUAGGAAAAUAAAUGGCCAUGCGUGUAACUGGAGGUACCAGCGGAAAACCCAUUUCAUAGGUAAUUUUAACUAAACAAAUGCUGAUUCGACAAGUUUCUAUAUGCUUAUAGCUUAUUCCCCUGAGUAUUGCCUUCAUGCAAAGUUGUAUCUAACAUUUACUGCCCCUUUAAUUUGACAUGCAACCAAAUGGUAAGAUAGUCUGCAGCAUUUUAGCUUACUAAAAUUGUAUUUGCUGUAACCAUUCCUUGUAGAAACCUCCCAGUUUACAAAAUAAUUGUGUUUUUAUAAUCUCUUAACUUUUACAUUUUUGUAAAGGAGAAAAAAGAAACAUACAAGUGAAUGUGCCUAAAGCUUUACGUUUUAUGAUAUUUAUGCAAAAUUGUACUGUGCAAAUAAAAUAAGGAUGUAAACUUAA